AUGAGCGGCUUUGAGGUUGUUGGCGUCGUUUUAGGUGCGAUACCAUUACUCAUCUCUGCGAUCGAGAAGUACAAAGCAACAAGCCAGCGUCUCAAAUACUUCAAAUACAAGGAGCCCUAUAUCGCGCAGCUAAUACAGUCGUUGGAAGACCAAAAGUUCUUCCUUGAGUCAGACCUUUAUAUCCCACUGAACUCAACGCAUCUGGAAGAAGACCAAAUCAAUCACCUAUUAUGUCAACCAAACCCGGAUCUCUUCCAGGACGCCGAGAUUUCUCAAGCUCUCAGAGAAUAUCUUGGUGAUGGAUAUGCGCCAUAUCAGCGGGCGAUGACUCGAUGUCAUCAUAUUCUGGUGCAGAUAGCAUGUAAUAUCAGUGGGCUAACAUCCACGGCGCAAGGAGAUCUCUCAAUGCUUAUUCAGGCACAUCCCAUGAAAAACGGGAAAUAUGAACUCACCAAAAAGAUAAAAUUCAGUUUGCAGAAAGAAGACCUGGAAAAAAGAAUCAAAGAUCUUAACGACUCCACCGCAAUGCUGCGCAGAAUUCGAGAGACAAGUGCAUUGAAGACGGACGUAACACUUCAAUCUACCUCGCGAACGAUCACAAAGUUUAACUCAGCCCUGAACACUGUUCAGAAUUACGCACAUAGAUUAUACUCGGCUAUCUCAGAUGGUACCAAAGCUAAAAACCGUACUGUGGUGACCAUCAAUUUACCCACGGUGCUGCCUAAUCCACCUCCAAUACAAUUGGACAACCUGUGUCAUUCUAUACAACAAGCAACAGAUGGCACACACUUCCUCGAUCUCUAUCUUUCGCAGGAUAGUUGUCUAUCCUACUAUCACAAACCUCUCAAUGCUGGAAUCCAUGAAGAUAUCACAAGAAGCCCAAAUGAUAUCAUAUCCCUAGAACAAAUUCUACAGAAGAAGUCGCAACAAAAUGAGUAUUCGCCCUUCCAGUGGUCCCUCAAUCAGCGGAUGGCUCUUUCAUUUAACGUCGCAUCUUCAGUCAUGCAGCUUCAUUCCACGCCGUGGCUCUGCUUUCCACUCACAAGUCAGACCUUGUGUUUCCCGCAAGAUCCCGAAUCCCCUACAGUCAAAGGAACAACGCAGUUUAGAGACAUUCCUCAACCAUUCAUUCGUCAAAAUUUCCUUAAUGGUGUGGAUGAUCCAGCAACGAAAUGCGCCUGUAAUCCAAGACGCUCGAUGCUUGAACUAGGCAUUGUUCUAUUGGAAUUGUGGCAUGCCAAAUCAUUCAGGACAUAUGCCACGGAGCAAGGUCUGGAUUUAAAUGAUAACUUUGGCUGUCGAGGUUGUUACAAGGUGCGUCGAGUGCACUUUCGCAACCGAUUGUGGAGCGUUUGA